GCUGUUAAAAGAGGUGGGCUAGUUGGUGGUCUAACUAACGAUGGCAACACCUGCUUUAUGAACUCGGUUUUGCAAUCUUUAUCCUCUUCAAACCAACUAAACAAUUACUUGAAUGACCAGAUUUUAAUUAAAAACUCUCAAUCUCAAAUUAAUGAAUUAUCAUUCACUAAAUCUUUAUUAAAUUUAAUCAAUAAACUAAACUCAAAGCAUGGCAAAACUUUAAAAGAAUACAACGUCCAGUCUUUAGUCAAAAAGAUGUCAAAUGGUUUUGAAAAACAUCGUUUUUUGGGAAUUUAUAAUCAAGAAGACGCCCAGGAAUUUUUCCAGUUUAUUUUAAAUCAGUUGGAAAAAGAAAAAAAAAUUUUAACCUCAAAUAACAGCAAAAGUUCAGAAAGUUUACCUGAAGACAAUAAUGAAAAAUUCAUUGAAAAAAAUGAUUCAAUGAUCAUGGGCCUAAAAAAUAUCGGUUUCCUAGGUCCAGUUUAUGUUCCUGCUCUACAAAUUGAUCCCUCAAUAACUAAUGGCGAAAACAAAGUCUACAAAUUAAAUUUACUCACUCCUGUUGAUGGUGUUAAUGCUGAAAGAAUUGGCUGUUUAAAUUGUGGCGAAACCGGUGGAAUAAGAUACUCAGUUAUAAGUGGAUUUUCACUAAAUUUACCCAAUUCAAUUGAUAAUUUUAACUAUUCUUACAACUACAAUAGAAGAAAUCAGAACAACUCAAUAUCUUUAAUUGAUUUAUUGAAUGAUUAUAUAAACGAGGAAAUCAUUGAAAAUGUUGAAUGCAAUAGAUGUGGCUUAACCUCGAUUGAAAGCACUUUGGAAACUGAACUAAGAACGGAAGCAAUUAAAACGGAAUUGGCUAAACCUAUUAUUAAUGAUGACAUUUAUAAAAAAUUGAAAAAUAAAAAUAGAAUUAAAAAGACAUCAAAAUCCAAGCAAAGUUUUAUUGAAAGACCACCGGCUUUAUUACCAAUCCAUAUUAAUAGAUCAGUAUUCAACUAUCAAACCGGGACAGUGGCUAAAAACAAUAUAAAUAUUGAUUUCCCGCUAAAAUUGGAUUUGAAUGAUUUUGUAGCUGUUGAUAAAGAUAUUAAUACUGAUGCAAGAAAAUCAAUGAGAAUACAAGAUGAAUUAAAAAUUUUGAGGCAACAAUUGAUUGAUAAUGAAAUUGAAUCUAUUAAUGUAAACAAUGAAAUAAGUGAAAAUAAUAAUUACCAUCCCAAUCUAGUUUAUAACUUAAAGUCAGUGAUUUUACAUUAUGGUACUCAUAACUAUGGGCAUUAUACGGCGUAUAGAAAACACAGGGGAAUUUGGUGGGAUAUAUCAGAUGAAGACGUGUCUGUUGCAACUGAAGAAGAAGUAUUAAGAGCUCAUGGUGUAUUCAUGUUAUUUUAUGAGGUUGAUAAUCAUGAAGAUGAUGAGUUUGAUAAAGAUAACUUGAUAAUUGAGGAAGAUGAAGAAGAUAUUAAGGAGAAGGAG